AUGGAUCAAAAACUGGCCAAAGAACUAGUCAAAACCAGGAAAGCGGUUAAACAAAAGUAUCUCACAGUUAAAUCAGAUAUUGCAGCAACGGAAAGGGAAUUACAGCAACAGUUUAAGCCGAUCUCAGAACCGUUUCAAAAACUCUUAUCAAAACGAUAUUUACCACCUGUCAACUACAGCUUUCUCGAGGAUGCAUAUUCAAACCUCCCGGAGCCACAUCGCAGUCAAGAUGUAUCUACGGUUGAAGAACUUACUCCAAAUGCUACGGUGUUUGAGACAGAAAACCAGCAAAUCAAUGAAAGCGUGGCUCGAGUGGCGCAAGAAUUCCACCAACUAAUUGAUACACCUGCAUAUCAAGAGUAUCUUGAAGGCUUUCACCCUGUACCUCGAAAAUAUGUUGAUGAGUCAAUUCGUGGGAACGAGCGCGAGUUUGAUCGUUAUUAUGGAUUAACACAUGAUAUUGUUUCUGACAAGUUUCAACUCGGUAAAAGUCCGGUUACGCUAGACGGAGCAAAUAUCGUGGUGGAAAAUGUAACAUAUCCUGGCACACCUGGAUUAUAUGAACUGCUUUUCAAAAAAGAACCAAUUGGUUAUAAGCAGAGUGAUCUAGAUCAUUGUAGGAUCAAGAUGCCAAUUGAUAAAUUUGGAAGACAUAUGCUCCGCUCAAAGAAGACGGACACUGCUGCAAUCUUCAGUACUUUUCUAAGAUCCAACCUAUCUAGCGUAUGUGUGGUACCCAUUUAUUCCUCCACAUCCAACGAGCAGUUUUACACAUUUAACGACAAUAGCAAGGACUAUAUCGUUCAUGUGACUGGGAUAGUUGAUAGUAUAAAUGUUCCGCCAAAAUUAAGAGUGACAAUUGGUUUAAAUAGUCUCACCGACAACACACCUCUCACGAAAGGUGAUAUUCUCCAUUUCUUCACAUCUAAAGAACCCAGACCAGAGCAGCUUAUAGCAAAUAUUGUAAUGCGCUGUCCAUUGAUACAACAAUGA